AUGUCCGGCAUAUAUUCAAAGGAGGAUGUUGCGUCGCAUAGCAAAGGGGACAGUGUCUGGAUCACCAUCGACGGAGAUGUCUAUGAUGUGUCCAAGUUCCUCGAUGAACAUCCUGUCUUGCAGCGUAUGGGUGGCAAAGAUGCCUCGAAGCAGUUCUGGAAAUACCACAACGCAGGCGUGUUGAAGAAGUACCAGCCAAAGCUGAAGAUCGGCUCCCUCGACUCGAAGAAAGCCGAUCCUGCACCUGCACCAGCAGCCGCAGCUCCUGCCCCAACUCCAAAGAAGGAGGCCUCAAAGUCACAGGCGCAGUCCUCGUCUGCCCCAGCCGCAGAGGCCUUGGAUCCCUAUGGAGAGCUCAUCCCUUUCUCAGAUCCAUCAUGGUACCAUGGAUACUACUCCCCCUUCUAUAACGAAUCACACGCUGCUCUACGUGACGAGGUACGACAGUGGGUAGAGACCGAGAUCGAGCCUUACUGCCACGAGUGGGACGAGGCCAAGGCAGUGCCUGAGAGUAUCUACAAACAAAUGGGCGAGAGGGGUUAUCUUGCUGGUCUGCUGGGUCUAUCGUACAACAAAGACCUAGUCAAGAACCAAGUGAAGAGCGUUUCCCCCGAUAAGUGGGAUCUCUUCCACGAGCUGAUUGUCACCGAUGAGAUCUCCCGCGCAGGCAGCGGAGGCAUUGUCUGGAACCUCAUCGGUGGAUUCGGCAUUGGCUGCCCACCCCUCGUCAAAUACGGAUCCAAGGAGCUCGUGGAUCGUAUUGUGCCAGGUAUUCUGGCUGGUGACAAGCGUAUCUGUCUAGCUAUAACCGAGCCUGAUGCUGGAAGUGACGUCUCCAACUUGUCUUGUGAAGCCAAACUCACACCGGAUGGGAAGCAUUAUAUCGUCAAUGGUGAGAAGAAGUGGAUCACCAACGGUAUCAUGAGUGAUUACUUCACCACUGCUGUGCGAACUGGAGGCCCCGGAAUGGGUGGUGUCAGUGUUCUCCUAAUCGAGCGCUCCGCCGGAGGUGUUAGCACACGCAAGAUGGACUGCCAGGGUGUUUGGAGCAGUGGCACCACCUACGUUACCUUUGAAGAUGUGAAGGUCCCUGUUGGCAACCUGAUUGGAAAGGAGAACAAGGGCUUCAAAGUCAUUAUGACCAACUUCAACCAUGAGCGUAUGGGUAUCAUCAUCCAGUGCCUCCGCUUCUCCCGAGUCUGCUACGAGGAGUCCGUCAAAUAUGCCCACAAGCGCCGCACUUUUGGCAAACGCCUCAUCGACCAUCCCGUCAUCCGCAUGAAACUCGCGCACAUGGCUCGCCAGAUCGAAGCCAGUUUCAACUGGCUUGAGAACCUCGUAUUCCAAUGCCAAAACAUGGACGAAGACGCCGCCGCCCUUCGCCUAGGAGGAGCGAUUGCCAGUCUCAAAGCCCAGUCUACCACCACGUUCGAGUUCUGUGCUCGCGAAGCCAGUCAGAUCUUCGGAGGCCUCAGCUACUCCCGUGGUGGACAGGGCGGUAAGAUUGAAAGGCUCUACCGUGAUGUCAGGGCCUAUGCUAUCCCCGGAGGCAGCGAGGAGAUCAUGCUUGAUCUAAGUAUGAGACAGUCUUUGAAGGUGCAUGAGAUCUUUGGCAUGAAGCUAUAA